GGGACCCUUGCAGCUGCGGCGGCGCCCGCGGGGAGGCCCCUCCCGGUCCGGGGCAGUUGCCGGGGGCUCGCGCCGCGGCGGCAGGGAAGCGGUAGUAGCAACCACCCUCCCCCGGCUUCUUACGACUUUUCUUUUGUUGUUGCCGUGACCCGGGUCUGUUUUCUCGUCUGUUGUUUAAGGUGUUUUCCUGCUGCACCGGCUCUACGCCCUCCACCUCCUUCCCUGUGGUUUAACCUUCCUCUUUCCCCUAGUGUUUUAUGCACAGCCAACUACGUAAAGAUUUGCAUUUCUUCCCCCCUCCCUGCUCCGCCCCCCCGCCCCCACCUCCUUGAAAAACAAAACCCAACCUCGCAAAACCUCUCCGGACCUGAGGCUGCGAGGCGCAAAGGGGUUGAUUUGUGGAGUGGGAGUCGCUGGCCCAUUGCGGUGCUCGGGGCUCAUUAAACUGUCACUCGCCCCCCACCCCACUGGGUAAAUGGGGUGAUUAAUGUCUGAUAUAUUGGAAUGAGGCGAGGGCAUUUGUGCGGAAUAGGUGGUGUGGCUGAGAAGGAAUUUAUCCCCAAAGAGUGCCUCCUGAAAUAGGCAUUCAUAAUUAUGUCAUUCAUCGCGAAGUUAGAGAAAGUUGGGUUUGCGACUUUGGGAAAGCAAGAAGCACAGGAUAGAGACCUUGGUCUUUGUUACUCUUUCUUUAACUCUUGGCCAUGGUUUUCUAAUGAGAACGGAGCGGUUAUCACCAGGACUGUGACACUUGCGCCUCAGGCCCCAGCGCCUUUUCUGCUGCUCACUCCCACAAGAGUCUGUGGAGACUUCGACAUUCACAGAUGUCGCAGCCCCUUGCAGGGCACUGGUCAGGCCAGCCUGGGUUACGUUACAAUUUCAUCAGCCAUUCGAAAAGACCCGCAAAUCUAGCUGAAAAGUUCCCCAACUUGCUAGACCUGGCUUCCCCCACCCCUUCUCCCUUUCUCCCUGAAAGGUUUUCUUGUGCUCAUGAACGUUACAGAGUGACCCAAAAAAAGAUUGUUAUGGAACACAGAUCAAGGGGAAGACCAAGUUCUCUUUCUGAGCAUAAAGUCGGAUCAGAUAUGCAGAUGCAGCGUUCAUUUUAAGUGGCUGUAGCAGUCUGCUUUUUUUCCACCGAUGUAACAGACCUGGAGCCAGCAAGACUCAGAGGAAAGGACUUAAUCAGGUUUAUGUGUCCUAAAGGUAGGAGUAGCAAGAGAUUAGAUGGAGCAUAUUUCUGUUUUGGUGUUUAUUUAAUUUUAAAAAAUCACAUUACUUUUCUAAUCCAGUUUAAGAAUAAAGUAUGAACUUGAGUAUUAAAUGAACAUCUUAUUGGAGUUGAGAGUCUUGGGCUUGUUUAGUUUUAAUUUUUAUCCCUUUUGCUCGAUCGGGUAAAUAACUUUAAUAUACAGAAAUAUUUCAAGUUUUGAAAUGUUAAGAAAGGCUUUGAAAUAUUGCUUUUUGAGAUCAGUUUGGAUUAAAAUCCUUUUUUGUUGUUGUUGUUGUUGUUCACUGCUCUUUAGAUUUCUUUUGCUUUUGGAGUCCGGGGGAGAAAUAGUAAACUGUUUGGAAUCCAGCAUUCAAACUUAUAUGAGAAGAUUUUUCUAGUUAAGAAGCUAGAUUGUUGUGUAAUUAAUUCCACUGUGAAACUUUAUUCUUCAAAACAUUCAGCAGCACUACUGAAACAUACAGCUGUAGUGCUUUUAUGACCGAAGGUUUUUUUAAAAGAAAAAAAAAAAAAACUUUUGUCCCCAGGAGAAUAGUUUGACUGGUUUCCUCAUUUCUCUUUCAAAUAUAUAUUUAAGAGAUCUUUUAUUUCAGCAUAACGAUAAUUAUUUGCAGGAGUUUUUGUGUUAGCGACUAAUUUAGAACUUGUAGAUUUGAGCUGCCUGAAUUGGCCAGACAGCUGUAAUCGCACUCCUCUAUUCUUAAUCUCUUUAUCUGGGCAGCAGCUGCCAUAUGGCCACAGUCAGCUGGAUCAGAUGUUUAUAAGCUUCCUUCUUCGUCCCUCUCUGUCCUCUCAGCCUCCUAAUUUGAUCACGGCUACCUUGUGAGCUGCCCUCCAAUCUUUAUUUUUAGCCCUCUCAAGGAUUAGGAUUGAUGUUAGCUGUGGGGCACUUGAAGUGAUUGUAUUGUAAAUCUUGGUUUAUUCUAGCAGUGGCGUCUUGCAGAAUGUAUUGGGUUAGGAUGAAAGUUUUAGCCCAUUUUGGGCAAAGUGUAGAAGAAGCAGGGAAGUAAUUUUUAAAUAUUAAAUUAAUAUGUAUCCAUUUCCCAAAUGCAGUUUUUGAGAUGGAUGGUGUGGAACUUUGCUUCUGGUCAUAGGAAAGAGGAAGUCAGGUUUAAGGAGUUGAAUUUUGUGGUUGAAUUUUGACCCUUUGUACAUCUGCGUCUCUCCUGCCUCCAUUUUACCCUCUUUCACCAGAAAAUAAGGGCAACAGUGCAUAUUUGAAAGAAUAAAAGCUAGUGGGAAAACAAAAUAUAUCAAAUUAUGUUGAAACAAAGUAUUUUCUGUUGACUGAGGUAUGGCGGAGUCAAAAGAAUAGUUUCUCUUUUACUAGCAAGACUUUUUUUCUUCUUUUUUUGUAUGUUGAACCUGUAAAGCUUUUGAGUUUCAUUUGAACGUAAUAUGCCUUUAUUUAAAAGUUUGCAUUAAUUUUAAUAUGGAACUCAUUUUGCUUUGCAACAGACCAAAGUUUAGAUGAGAAUUUUCAGAGUUAAAUAAAGCCCUUCUGGUUCUUAAUAUUCUAGAUGUACAGAUUUUACAAAGAAAUAUAACCAUUUCUUCUUCUCAGUUCAUUAAAAAAAAUUUGGAUUUGUUCAUAGUAGAGAUGAUCUUUUCCAUCUGUUGGUGUAGUUCCUUCUGAUCUCAUACAUGUGUGCUAUACCUGCAAAUCUUAAGGCAUUAACAUCUGUUUUUAUACACAGGGCUUUUGUUGUUUUAACACUCUGACUUUAAAAGUUAUGAAGACAGUAUGGAGUUUCCAGACCAUAGUAGACAUUUGCUGCAGUGUCUGAGCGAGCAGAGACAUCAGGGUUUUCUUUGUGACUGCACUGUUCUGGUGGGAGAUGCCCAGUUCCGAGCGCACCGAGCUGUACUGGCUUCAUGCAGCAUGUAUUUCCACCUCUUUUACAAGGACCAGCUGGACAAAAGAGACAUUGUUCAUCUGAACAGCGACAUUGUUACAGCCCCAGCCUUCGCUCUCCUGCUUGAAUUCAUGUAUGAAGGGAAACUCCAGUUCAAAGACUUGCCCAUUGAAGACGUGCUAGCAGCUGCCAGUUAUCUCCACAUGUAUGACAUUGUCAAAGUCUGCAAAAAGAAGCUGAAAGAGAAAGCCACCACAGAGGCAGACAGCACCAAAAAGGAAGAAGAUGCUUCAAGUUGUUCGGACAAAGUCGAGAGUCUCUCUGAUGGCAGCAGCCACAUGGCAGGCGAUUUACCCAGUGAUGAAGAUGAAGGGGAAGAUGAAAAAUUGAACAUCUUGCCUAGCAAAAGGGACUUGGCGGCCGAGCCUGGGAACAUGUGGAUGCGAUUGCCCUCGGACUCAGCAGGCAUCCCCCAGGCUGGCGGAGAGGCAGAGCCACACGCCACAGCAGCUGGAAAAACAGUAGCCAGCCCCUGCAGCUCAGCAGAGUCUUUGUCCCAGAGGUCUGUCACCUCCGUGAGGGAUUCAGCAGAUGUUGACUGUGUGCUGGACCUGUCUGUCAAGUCCAGCCUUUCAGGAGUUGAAAAUCUGAACAGCUCUUAUUUCUCUUCACAGGACGUGCUGAGAAGCAACCUGGUGCAGGUGAAGGUGGAGAAAGAGGCUUCCUGUGAUGAGAGUGAUGUUGGCACUAAUGACUAUGACAUGGAACAUAGCACUGUGAAAGAGAGUGUGAGCACUAAUAACAGGGUACAGUAUGAGCCUGCCCAUCUGGCUCCGCUGAGGGAGGACUCGGUCCUGAGGGAGCUGGAGCGGGAGGACAAAGGCAGCGACGACGAGAUGAUGACCCCCGAGAGCGAGCGGGUCCAGGUGGAGGGCGGCAUGGAGAGCGGUCUGCUGCCCUACGUCUCCAACAUCCUGAGCCCAGCGGGCCAGAUCUUCAUGUGCCCCCUGUGCAACAAGGUCUUCCCCAGCCCACACAUCCUGCAGAUCCACCUGAGCACGCACUUCCGUGAGCAGGACGGCCUGCGCAGCAAGCCGGCCGCCGACGUCAACGUGCCCACCUGCUCUCUGUGCGGGAAGACGUUCUCCUGCAUGUACACCCUGAAGCGCCACGAAAGGACUCACUCGGGCGAGAAGCCCUACACAUGCACCCAGUGCGGCAAGAGCUUCCAGUACUCGCACAACCUGAGCCGCCACGCCGUGGUGCACACGCGCGAAAAGCCACACGCCUGCAAGUGGUGUGAGCGCAGGUUCACGCAGUCCGGGGACCUGUACCGGCACAUCCGCAAGUUCCACUGUGAGUUGGUGAACUCCUUGUCCGUCAAAAGCGAGGCUCUGAGCCUGCCCGCUGUCAGAGACUGGACCUUAGAAGAUAGCUCUCAAGAACUCUGGAAAUAAUUUUAUAUAUAUAUAUAUAUAAAUAAUAUAUAUAUACCUAUAUAUAAAUAGAUCUCUAUAUAGUUGUGGUACGGUCUAAAAGCAGUCUUGUUUCCUGGAACUGAAAGGUUGGGGUAUUAACUUGUUUUUGCACUUUAGAAUAGCAUGAGAAUCUCACUAAUUUAGCAUUCUGGUAACAGAAACUUUAGAGCAAGUCGGAGAAUAGAGAGGUGUUUUUCUUUCUUUCAAGGGGGGUAGGGGAAGUAAGCCAAUAAGAACCUUUGAAACAAAUCGUCCUAUCACAAAAUGCUUUCCUAGGGCCUAUUUUGUCAGCACUGCGGUGUCUUUUGAACUCUCUCUUUUUUUCCCACCUUUUCUUUUUUUUUAAGUAGAAAUUCCCUCCAGUUUUAUUAGCCUCUUUAUAGGUCUCAAAUUGCAUGAAUCUUUUCUGGCUGUUGGAAACCUGAAUGCUUUUAGACCCAAAUGGAAAAUUUCUGAAAUGCUGGAUUAUCUAUUUUUAAACAAGCAGUUGACUUAAAACUUUCUGUGGCAACUUCUGGUUUUCUGACGGUUCCCAAUGAGAGAAAUUCUGAAAGUACACUGGGAUCACUGGGACGCUGUCUUUGUGAAGGUUUGCUUGGGAUGAAAAAGGAUAUUGCAGCUUCAGCAGUGUUGAACUGUGUGUUGAAAAAUGUGAAUUACUGUUAUUGUAUACUGUAAUUGAUUACAUGGGCUGGGGGGGUGUCAAAGGACUUGACAGGUUGUGUUGAUGCUCUUAGUUGAGUCUUGAAAAGUAAAUAUUAACGCUACAGAAAUGCAUGAGUUUCAGUAUAUUUUUUGUCUUUGUUUGCAUUGUAUAACUUUAACGAGUGAGUUUAAAAUUAUUUAAUUUCCUUAGAAAAAUAGCACCAUUUGGAAAAAAAAAACCCUGGUGUUAUGAAGAACGUUAAUGCACUGUUUUUAUUUUAUAUAAUUUAAAUUGACUUUCCCACUGUCUUUAAGUUGAAACUGUUAAGCUGAAUAAAAAACUUAAGCUGCAAAUUGAUAACUUCGCUACAUAACAAGGAAAAUAUAAAUGUUUACAAAAGGCUUAAAGAUUUGCAUGUGCAGUGUGCAUUUUAUAACAAAACUUCUAAUUGCACAAAACCCAGGCCAGCUCAAAGUUUAGAUGUACACAUUUACCCAGUUGAGCGUUUUUAGAGUAACUACUGCACAAAUUGACAAUAGGUCAUUCUCUUUUUUUGCUCCCCUUUUCUUUUUCUCCCCUUCUUCCUUUCCCUCCCUUCCUCCUUCCCUCCCGCCCCUCCCCCAUUCCCCCCCCCCCCAAACUCAUGAAAAGAUUCUAUGGACUGAAAAAGCCCCAGGCUGAAAGGACUGGACUGCCUUGAUUGACAUGGGGAAGGGGGUUAGUAGACUAUGUGUAUCGCGGCAGCAGAGGCUGCAGCCCAACGUGUGGUUUUAAUGACCAGCACGCAGGGCAAAGCAUUUUGCACAGUGUUUGUUUUCCUGUCUUGCACUUACAAAUAAGGUCUAUGGGAGUAGCAUGGAAAACGUUUGCUGUUUUUCCCUUUUUUUUUUAAAUUGCUUUUGUUUAAAAUUUGAUCGCCUUAACUACUGUAAACAUAGCCUAUUUUUGUGCUUAAGAUACUGAAUGGAAAACUCCAUUGUGUGUUGCUGGACUGUUUUGGAAAUAUUUGGUCAAAUGUGUGUUAAUUUGGCUGUAAUGGCAUUUAAAGCAAACAAACAAACAAAAAAAGCUGUGAAAAUGGCCUUGGAGCAUUAUCUUUAGUUACUUGAAGAGUUUCUAGUUUUUUUUAAAUACAGUUUAUGUUAAAAUAAUUUUUAUUAAUUUAGAGAAGACAAUCAAUGUGAGAAAACGGACUUUCUUUUGGAUUUUCUUUUUGUGGUCAUUGUGAGUGAUUGCUUUUUCCUUUUAUUAGUUUCACAUUCUUCCUUUGUUCUAAAACUUAGACUGACAUCUAGCUUUGACAAUCAUAGUAUGUUUUAUUUUCCUGAGGGGGGAAUAACUUAUAAUGCUGUUUAGUUUUGUACUAUUGGUGUGUUGGUGAAUUUUUAAACUGUGUGCUAACUGCAAUAAAUUAUA